AUGGAAGAAAUGAGUGCGAGACAGCCGAACUUCUCUCAGGAGGAAACUGAUGUUCUGGUCUGGGAGGUCCAGUCUCGCAGUGGCCGGAUAUACGGUCACGCGAACAGACCUCCACGGGCCGAUGAUGCAAAAGCAGCCUGGGAGGAGGUAAGUACUGCUGUCAACCAAGUUUGCCCGGACGUGCUGAGAACCGCUUCGCAAUGCAAAAAGCGGUUCAAUGAUGUUAGACGACGGGCUAAACUGAAAUUAUCCCAACACCGUCGCCAGACGGCAACGACCGGAGGCGGCCCCUCACCGAGUGUGGUGCUGAGCCCUGCGGAGGACGUGGCGUCCUCCACACUCCCUAAAAUCAGUAUCGAGGGGUUUGGUGUCUCUGAGGUUGGACUCACGGGUAAGACAAACAUUCUUUUCCACAAAUAAAGACACUAACAUCAUGUAUAUUUAACCACGUGUUACAAAGGUGUGUUGUGUACACAGGUGAUCUGAAAAAAUGCCAUGCGUAAUGGGAUUGAAAUCGGAACCACCUGUGCGUAAAGACGGAUCAAACAAAGCCUGAUUGUAUUUUCUCCCCCUUUCCGCUAAUGUUUGCAUGUGAAAUGAACUUUGCUCACACAAUUUAUAACUUCUUUAUUCUAAAUUAAAGUAUUGUUAACAUUUAAAAAAAAAAAAGAAUUUCUGUGAUUUAUUAAAAUAAAAUUUCUGGACAGCCUCAGCAGAAUUGCCUCCGUCGCGGCAGCAGCACCACACAAGAGAGGAGGAGGAGGAGGAAGAACAACAGCAGCAGCAGCAGGUGGUCGGGGAGGAGGAGAAGGAGGGAGAGGACGAAGACGACCGCGAGGAGGAGGGCGAGGAUGACCAGGGGGAGCCGGAGCCGGAGCUGGAGACGCAGGAGGGGGCAGGACACGGACACGAGCCGGCAACACGGGGUCGAAGACGAAACCGGGCUCAGCGGGAGGACCGGCCCUUCCUGGACACCCAGCGGGCUGGUUUUCAGAUGUUGGAGAGGGAGCUGGGGUCGAUGGGGACGCGGCUUGGGUCGCUGGAGGCCCAGGUGAAGUCGCUUCAGGAGGUCCUCCAGGCCAGCCUGCUCCCCCUAGCCUCUGGCGUUGCUACACUACAGCGGCUGGUCCAGGUAGCCGAAAGGCUGCUGCCACCAGCACAAUCAUCCGCCCCCGCCUGUCCCAGGUGGCCGCUGAGGCCGCGCACAAGAGGGGGGCGGCCCCCUGGGUUGACGGACCGACUGCAGCGUCCAGACCCAAGAGGAGGAGGAGGAGGAGGAGGAGGAAGAAGAAGAAGGGGGGUUGGGAGGGGAGAACAACAAUAA